GCCACUUUGGUGCGCCAAGUGACCGCGGAGGACGUGGCGCAGGUCGUGUCCAGCUGGACCGGCAUCGCAGUGGAGCAGGUGAGUGCUAGCGAGUCCUCGCGACUCCUCCAUCUCGAGAAGGAGCUGCACGAGACCAUCAUUGGACAGGAUGAGGCGGUGCAAAGCGUCUCCCGGGCCCUGCGCCGGGCACGCGCCGGGCUCCGGAACCCGCAGAGGCCCAUGGCGGG